CUUCAGUCGAGUUUGAAACUUACACUCAAGCGGAGUUGUAAAUAGUUGUUCGAGUUGUUGGCUCGUACUCAAACUGUAGAAAAAUGUAAAAAGUCGACUAGAACACAAUAUUUGUUUGCCUGCAAAUUCUUUUCGAUUUUAAGUUAACGCGAAAACGACACCACAAUAUUAUAUAGUAGACAAAUCGAAACCUAACGUAAAGCAAACCAAACGGUUUAACGGCACGCAGCACUAAAUAGCAAACCACGUAACGAAAGUAAGUUAAGAAAUCAGGCUAAUUUCUGGUGCGUAUAACUCCAUUAGAAGACAGUUAGCAUAGCCGUAUAGUUAACUUAAGCUAAACCGUAUGCAGUAGAUAGAAACAGAAGCUGCUGUGCUCUGCAGUUGAAGUGCCAACGACGCCAAAUAAUUCAAUCAGAAUUCAAUGCAAAGCUCGCAUCAGAGACCAGAGAGCAGCAACACAAGUUCAAGUGCUAGUGAAAGCUAGUGGACCAAACUGGAGCUGCAUUUGCCUGCGGGUUAAUACAACGUCCGUCGCAGCAGCAGCAGCAGCGGUUUGCCAAGAAAACUAACUGGGAAAAAGUUUUUUGAAACCUUUUGCAUUAAGUGGCAAACGUGCGUGUGAAAAAGUUUUCUCUCUAUUUCCGCUGCCUCAGAAACACACCGAACAGCACAGACGAAGCCAAAGAGAUAUACUCAAAGCGUCGAGAGAGAAACGGAAACGGUAGUGUUUUAAUUUUGACACGUUCGCAGUAAGCAGAGCUAAAUUAAGCAGCAGAGCUACAGCUCCAGCUCCAGCAGCAUGUCAGCUUCCAUGCCAUUGACCAUGGACCAGAGACGUUUGAUGUGGCCAACGUUUGUCCUCUCGCUGUUGUUGUUGCAGACAACAGCAAGUGCCAUCGAUUUGAGUCGCUUGUAUGGGCACAUGGCAAACCCCAUACAGAAGCGUAGCGAUCCCUGCCAUCCUUACGAACCAUUCAAAUGUCCAGCUGAUGGUAAUUGCAUUUCCAUACAAUAUUUAUGCGAUGGUGCGCCCGAUUGCACCGAUGGCUACGACGAGGACAUGCGACUUUGCACUGCGGCCAAACGUCCGCCUGUGGAAGAGACCGCAUCCUUUUUGCAAAGCUUACUCGCCUCACACGGACCCAAUUAUCUAGAGAAACUAUUCGGCAAUAAAGCACGUGACGCUCUCACCCCAAUGGGCGGUGUGGAGAAGGUGGCCAUCGCAUUAAGUGAGUCGCAAACGAUUGAGGACUUUGGCGCCGCUCUUCAUCUAAUGAGAUCCGACUUGGAGCAUUUGCGUUCUGUUUUCAUGGCCGUUGAGAAUGGCGAUCUUGGCAUGUUAAAAUCUUUGGGCAUUAAGGAUUCGGAAUUGGGCGAUGUCAAGUUUUUCCUGGAGAAAUUAGUCAACACCGGUUUCCUCGACUGAGUAGCGCCAGAUCCGGCUUCUGGAUUUUAUUAUGCACACGCACAGCCCAUUAAUCCUAAUUUCUAUUCAUAUCUGGGCUCGCCCUUUGAUAAUUACAAUUAUUAAAACGGCAAGUUCAAUUACAACAACAACAACAACAACAUAGAUAACAUUUUCUCAAAGCUUCGCAAUUUUCUUAAGUUUAACAAACUAUAAGCCUAAUUUUUAUGCUCGUCGAACUCUCCACUCUAAGUUACGUUUACGUUUUUGUUGAAAAUUUUAUAGAAAACAAUACAAAAAUGCUACAAAAAAAUUUGAAAAAUUACAAAAAAAAUCUGAAAAAAUAUUACUACUACUUAUUGGCAUUAUUUCGAUCAAAAAAUGUUGGGAAUUACUUGCUCUACGUUACGUUUACUAAGUGCUUACUAACAAUUUUGCUGCGCUCUAUUCAACUGAUCUAUAAGUUAGAUUUGUGUUACAAAAAUUUUGAGAAAAUUAAUGCGCAUCGUUCAGCAAGAAACUAAAUUUUCGAUAAACAUAGCAAAAAUAACAAUUUCAUGCAACAAAAUAUGCAAACAAAAUAUGGAAGCAGGAUCGUUUAGCGGAAAAACGUAUUACGUAUUACAUACUUAAAAAUUUAAAUGAAAAAUAUAUAUAAAUGUUU